AUGCCCGUCGACAUGGAGUCACAGUCGCAGCUGCGACAGCGGCAGCCCUACUCUGACUCUCCAAAUAGAAACGGGGCCGGCGACGGCGACAGCGCGGCGUCGCAGGUGCCCCCUCCAGCUCCCGAUCCAGUUCCGAGAGCCCCCGCGUUCGCCGGCCGCGUGGGCGCAAACCUGGCGUUCACAGACAGGAAUGAGGUGGAUCAGAACCCGGACGCUGCCCAGAUGCAAACUCUGGGACAGGUAUUGGAUGUCCAUGGGUUCCGACGACCAAUCUACCUCCGCGCUGCUGCUAUUGAAUGCUGGGGGACCUUCCUGCAAGUCUUCCUCGCUGGUUAUAUCGACACGGCUUUCGGCACGUUCACCACCUCCACAUCUCUUGCCAUUAACAUUACGCAUUCUCUAACCACGGCACUGAUCAUCAGCCUGUUCAUCUACUCAACGGGUAUACCUACCGGCGGUCAUAUGAACCCGUUUAUUACCAUGGCGACGUUUAUGACCGGUCUGUGCACCCUCCCUCGCGCACUGUACUACAUCGUCGGUCAACUCAUCGGUGCUCUUGCCGGCGGCUUCUUCCUCAAAUUAGGGCUUGGGGGUAGCAAGUACUUUUUCCCUGACGGCAUUGUCGGAGGUUGCACGAUGGACUUCUCCCAGAUCUCGCCCGGUGAAGCCUUUGUGCUCGAAUUUGGCGUCUACUCCAUCGUCGUCUUUGUCGCAUUUGGCGUGGGCCUAGAACCAAGACAGGGUAAGACGCUGGGCCCCGCUCUGUCUCCCAUUCUCGUCGGCGUCACCGUUGGCUUGGCAACGUUUGGUACGGGGUCGGUCCAUCCGGGCUGGAGCGGAGCAUUGUAG